UUUGAGCUUAUUGCUAAGCUUCCUGCGGGAUAUUGCCGAAACCAGACGAUGUCGGCGGAUUCCAUUUUGGUUACGCCCGUGGACGAGCAUGGAACUCUAAAGCUCCUUUGUAAAAAGGUUUCUGUGCAUGUUGACGAUGAUGAAAACGACUACGAAUUCAGUGUGUAUGAACUGCAUUGGGAGUCCUCCGAAGUCGGUUCGAAAACAAAACCAAUCACGUUGCCUCUUUCCUUUGACCAAGAGUUUGUAAUAUAUGAUGAAGUAAAGGACGCGGUGGUCUUCGUUCUUCGUAAGUGCAAGCCCCAGAGGGAUCACUCCCCUUCCUUCUUCUGGUGCCAGGAACCGGAAGAAAGCGUGUAUAAGCGAUUCCUCACCUCCUUCCAAAUUGCCUUCGAAAUUAUGAAUAAAGAAAAGGCCGAGCGCGAUGUGCUCUACCAGCAACUGCCGUUCGAUGCUCUGCGUUACAUCAAAGAAGAAAACGUCGAGUCGAUUUUUGGAAAUCCGGAAAUCUGCAAGCGUCUCUACCCGCUGGUUCCUCCCUGCCUUCGCUCUGUGGAGGGGUUGAAGCGAAUCGUCCACUCGCCGUCGUUCAAAAAGAACAUUACGAUGUUUCAGUAUGCGAUGAAUUCGCUGGAUGUGGGGAUCGUGCUGAGUGCGUAUGGCGUGGAGAAUGACGAACUGCCGAAGCUGGAUAUCAAUACGGAUGAUCGAAUGAAAGUGUAUAUGAAGGAGAUCGAGGAGAUGGCGAAAAAGGAGUUAGAGAUGGAGAAGGAAACGAAUAAUGGAGCCGAGCUGGGAACAGAGGAAAAGAAAGAUAUGGAUAUGGAGUGA